AAAAGAGAUUUCACUCCAGCUGAUGACCACAUCAACCCGGAUUCAGCAAGCAAAUCUCUUUUGAAAGUCAUCCAUGAAAACAGGAUUGUCAGCCUACAUUGCCACUAAGCCAUGACGGAAAACAAAAUCCAUGAGGCCUACACUUGCCUGAUGAGGGGUGUCCAGCAACUGGACCUCAUCGGACCAAGCGUACCCAGCAACUUGGUGCUGAUCGGCCACGACGCCUUCCCGCUGGUCAUGAACGCCCGGGGACAGGUCCUGAUGGCCGCCUCCUUCUACGGUGAGGGCCGACUGGUGGUGCUGGGCCACGAGGCCUACCUCACUGCCUUCCCCACCCUGAUGGAGAAUGCCCUGACCUGGCUGGCCGGUUCCCCGUGCUCCAGCACCAGGGUGGUUGUCCAUCCGGGCUGUAAGUGCCUGGCCGACGCCCUGAGCGGCUCCAGCCUCCGGCCCAAGGUGGGCCCCUUCAGCAAGGACCACGGGGUGUACGUGACCGACGCUUACAGCGUGGGCCCCGACGUCAGGGAGAUGGUGGCUUUCCUGAAGGUGACAAAGGGCGGGCUGCUGAUUGCCGGACAGGCGUGGAGCUGGGAGCAAAAAAACCCGGGCCAGAACACCCUGCAGGAUUUCCCGGCGAACAAGGUGUCCAGUGUGGCCGGGAUCUACUUUUCUGAUCAACCCGGGGAGAUAGGCACUCUCCCUGUGCCUCCUCAGAUCCCUUCCAGCUGGCUCACAGUGCCGAUAGGCAAGGAUUUCAAGGAUGACCUAGAGUUCCUUCUUAAUGGCGUGUCUGAGAUUGAAAUCAAUUCCGGGUCUAUCCCCUCCGAAGUUCUGGUGCACGGCCCACUGGCAUUCCCCAUCGGCGCCACACCUGACGGCCGGGCCUUUUUGGCCGGAGCGUACUAUGGCCAAGGUAGAGUCAUCAUGGUCACCCAUGAAGGGUACAUGGGCGAUGAGCAAAUGGCCCCUUUCAUGAUCAACGCCGUCCGCUGGUUGGAUAAGGGCCGCAAUGGCCCGGUUGGCAUCCUGCCACAGGUGGACUUCACCUUUCCCCUGCUGACCCGGUCGGGUCUGCCCUGCCAGAAGACCGGCUUCAAGUCCGACCUCAGUGUUUAUGUGAGCACCUGCUACCGUGACGAUAACAUCCAGAACAUCCACGACUUUGUGUCUGAGGGCGGAGGCCUGCUAAUUGGGGGCCACGCCUGGUACUGGGCCCAGUGCCACCCGGACCUGAACUCCAUGACGGAGUAUGUGGGCAAUCGCAUCCUCAACAAGAUGGGUCUCAGCCUGCUGGGGAACACCCUGGAAGCCGGUUGCAUCAAAGCCCUGGUGCCGGGCCAGAGCGGCUCCAAGAGGUACCACUUCCGUCACAUGCUGCACCGCUUUGCCAGUCAUGUGACCAACGGCGAGGCGCUGACCAAGCACGAGAAGGCACGUCUGAAGAAGUUUGGCGGUGACUGCUCCGAGUACCUGAAGAUGCGGGCUUACGACUGUUCCUCAUACACCUCCGUGCUGGCCAUUCUCACUGACAUCCUGAAGAAGACGGGCAUCCCCAAGGUGGGCCAUGACAGCCCGGUGAAAAAUGCCAAAGAUCAACUGCUGCUCAGCCUGGUCACGGAGGUGUACAAGGCGUGUCAGGACCCAGACGCCCUUUUACCUUACCUGUUUAAGGACCUGACCUUAAAACCCGUCUGUUCGAAACACAGGGUCUUGAUCAGCUGCAGCGCUGCAGGAAGGGAGCAGUGGCUCAGUACAGGUAUGUACCUGUACCCUGGGAUGAAGACCCACAUUUCCCUGCCGCAGGAAAUCACCGGGAGAGGCUGGCAGGUCCAGAUAGGCUGUCAGACCGACAACAUCGGCGGUGCUGGUGAGCUGCGGAGGGCGCCGGUGGUCCACGAGCGUUUUCCCAUCGACUCCCAGAUGAUGCAGGUGUGCAACCUGUGGGGGGGCCUCCUCUACCUGAUCGCGCCUCCCCACAUCCAGGUAGAGGGGGUGGAGGUAGUCUUUCAGCAAGUCGUGCCAGCCCCCUACUAUAAGUCUGGGGUGACCACACCUGCCGAAUGGGAGGUUCUGCGGAACGCCCCCUCCCCCUGGGCUGAGCUGGAGUUCCAGAACAUCAUCAUAACCCUCCCUUCUGAUGUCGUGCGAGGUCUGGACCGCCCCGACCUGUUGGCGGCGCUCUGGGAUGACAUCAUGAGGGGGGUCGCUGACCUGGCUGUAAUCCCUGCCAAGUUCCCCCGCAAAGAGCGUUUUGUGGUCGAUGUCCAGAUUUCCCACGGCUACAUGCACGCGGGCUACCCAAUCAUGAUGCAAUCCGACGCCGCCUGGGGCCUGGUUGACCCUGUGGCCAUCCGCAGCUCGGGCACCUGGGGGGCCAUCCACGAGCUGGGCCACAACCAGCAGAGGGCAGCCUGGGAGUUCCCAUCCCACACCACUGAGUGCACGUGCAACCUGUGGUCCGUGUACGUGCACGAGGAGGUGCUGGGCGUGAAACGGGAACGGGCCCACCCCAACAUGACCCUGGAGAACCGUCAGUGUCGGGCCAGAGACUACGCUAAAGGAGGCCGGAACCUGGCCUGCUGGGAGAUGUGGGUUGCCUUGGAGACCUACAUGCAGCUCCUGGAUCAGUUUGGCUGGGACUCCUUCAAGAAGGUAUUUUCUGCCUACCACACCAUGCAGAAUGUACCCAAGGACAACAAGGGCAAGAUGAACCGGUAUGCUGUGACCUUCUCCCUUACCGUCAAGAAGAACCUGUCCUCCUUCUUCAAGGCUUGGGGCUGGCCCAUAGAACCAGCUACUGAACAGAAACUCUCCAACCUGCCCAUGUGGAGCGACCACCCCAUGACCCAGUACAAUUGACCUCAAGCCGCGGUGAAUGUCAACUAUCUGUUGUGCCAAGACAAAAAUGAUUGGUAUCACUUUACAAUAAGUAUACAUAAAUAUACAUGUAAUAAUGCAUUAAUAAAUAUGAAAUAAAGAUUACUUGAUGCAUCUAAAGAGCAGGAUUUAUUUGUGAUUUUAUU